AUGGUUAGAGUAUAUUAUAGAGGGAAAAAUGCGACUCCACCAAACCUCAACUUCCCACUUCCAAUCCUUCAUUAUCUCCUUCAACCAUCAAAUUUUAGGGCUUCUUCCUCAAAACCCUGGAAUGGACGACAACACGCGUCUCGAUUUCGACGCCCCGCUCCUCUCCGUCCCCGAUCCGCAUCCGAACCCGACCCGAACACGAAUCCUUCACGCUCCGCGCUUCCCUUCUACAAAUCGGAUCUCAAAUCGGGUCCGGUCCGAAACCCAGGCGUCGUCCCCUUUCGCUGGGAGCAGUCCCCGGGCCACCCUAAAGACCGCCCUCGCUCGGUCCGUACCGUCGUCGCUCCCAAGCUACCUCCGGGUCGGGUCUUGGUCGAAAAAGAACCCGCUAACCCGUUAGAAGAUGAAAAAGAAACGUUCUCGGUCGAGAAAGAAUCCUCUAAGCCUUUGGAAGAUGAAGAUGAAAAGUUCUGCGAUGCGGUCGAGACGCUAUCGCCGACCGAGUCGUCGUUCGUGAAUUGUAGCGUCAGCGGGCUGAGCGAGAUGCCUGAAUCUUCUGGAAGCUUCUCGACGGAUCCUCAGGUUCGAGAUUUCAUGAUGGGAAGGUUCUUGCCGGCGGCUAAGGCUGCGGACGUGGCUAAGGCUAUGGCUGCGGACGUGCCGCAUGCUUCAUCGAGAAAGCCAACCCCAACACCAAAUUGGGAUCGAAAUCGGGUUAUCAUUCAAAAUGGGGAUCAAAACAGGGUUAGGUUUCCGAAUGGGGCGGAGUUUAUUGAGGAAGAUGAGGAUGAUGAGGAUGAAGAGGAAGAAGAAGAGUAUUAUGGUAAUGGGAAUUUGCUGUUGAAAGGGUGUGGAUUGAUUCCGAGGUUUUGUUUGAAGGGUUCGUUGUGUUUGUUGAAUCCGGUGACGGGGAUGAAGGUUUCGGGUAGGAGAUUGCCGCCGAGUUCUGUUCGGAGAAAUUAUGUGCCACAAUUUAAGGCAAUGGAGCAUGAGUCUUUUGGGCAAGUUGAAGAAGAGUACUCGUGGGAAGCAGUGUACAAACACAAACUGCUACAUGGACACAUGCUACAUGGACACAGUCCUAUUCAAGAGGAGGACGUCAGUAAGCUAACGAGUGAAUCCAACCAAUUUACCUGUUGGAGUGAUUCCUUGACGACUGAUGGAUCAUCACCGCAACUCUGUUCUCAUGCUACUGGAGUAUCUCCUUAUCGAAAUGAGCCAUCCCAAUCCCCGUUCCAUGAGGGCAAGGGUUUUCUUGGAGUUCCAAGGAGAGACAAAAAGUGUUUCAAGACUGGUGUGUCCAAUUCCUUUGAGAAAGACUCAAUGAGUCUAUAUGGAUCAGGCUCCGUAAGUCCUUCAGUUGAGAGAACUCUUCAAUUCGAUUCAAGUUCAAAAUCAAGCUCUCUUCAUAACUCUUCAGAUAUCAAAGACAGAACUAAACCAGAUGAUGAGGAUUCUCAGGUUGGCAUACAAAGUCAGAGAAUGGAUGAAAUUCUUGUUCUAGAAACUCGCGAUAAGUAUGAAGAUAACAAUGACUCCAGAUCAAGUGAUAGGGAUGAUGGACAAAUGCUUUUAAGAGGACAAAUGCUUUUAAGAGAAAAUAAUCAAGUGAAGAAUGAUCCUGAUCCUAUGCCAUCUCUCCUUUUGUUACCAUUGCCCAAUUCUCCUUCUGAGUCAUGGCUCAGCCGCACCUUGCCUUCUGUCUCAUCAAAGAAUCCAUCUCCACAGUCAUUUUUAGGUAUUCAUGCUCAGACAAGGAAACAAGCUUCUACUUUGUCUUCGACGCUUCCUAAGAAGGAUUUAUCUAUUAAAUCUUCCAAACUGAAGUGUGGCCAAACUCGGUUUGCUGAUAUGCUGUCGACGCCUUUAUCCCCAAAAUCAGAGAUUUGAGAUGGCAGGAGGUUCUUCUUAUUAACUGGCAUGCUAACAACCUCCCUUUGCUCUCUUUUAUUAAAGUGGUGAGAACUUGUCCAGUUGUUCCUGUUCAUAGUCUUUUGUGAUGGUGGAGAUGUUACUCCUCCUUUUAUGUAUGUACCUUGAACCAAAAUUGCACACGAUGUGAGUUCAACUGUAAAUUUUCAAUUCAACACUUCAAACACAUUCUCAUCUUUUUGCUUCUGUAGCAGUUAGACCAUCAUUCAACUGCAAGCUAUGUGGCUUGUUUUUUGAUGUUCUGUAACGCUCAUGUAUAGUCUGUGAGAUUAUACUACUCCAAUAAAAAAUUUGUUAGUUAUAGAAUAGCUUCGGAAUUUUUUCAUU